CAUCAAGGUGACUCGAUGGAAAUCGGGGAGCAGACGACGACGACGAGGUCUCCUGGCAGCUGGGGCUCCACAUCUACGCUGAGAACAACCAUGGCCCUGCGGGGGCAGCCGCACAGGCUGUACCGCGCCUUCCUGCUCGCCUUCAACGUGCUGCUCAUGGUCAUCGCGGGCUCGGUCGCCUCGGUGGGCCUCUUCGCCUUCUCAGAACGCAGGCGCCCAGGGGCCACGUACUUCAGCACGCUGGUGAUGCGCCUCAGCGUGAACCUGGAGCUGGCGGCGGUGGUGGGCGGCGGCGCGGUCUUCUCGGCCGCCGUGCUGGGCUUCCUGGGCGCCCUGCGCGAGAACCUGGCCGCGCUGCGGCUGUACGCGCUCGCCAUGACCGGCGUCGCAUUCGUCGCGUUCGUCGGCACGGCCGCCGUCACGCUCACGCCCUUCCUCGCGAACAACGUCUUCCACAGGUACAUGCAGCCGGACCUGGUGAGGUACUACAGGCACAGCGCCGACUGGGACGACCUGGUGGACCACAUGCAGCACAGCUUCCAGUGCUGCGGCAUCGGACCCCUCGCCUACCAGGACUGGGACCGAAACGGCCGCUACCGAUGUGCACCCGGCAACCCCAGCCACGAGCGAUGUUCCGUCCCCGAGUCCUGCUGCCGGGUCAGAAGCGCCGGCUGCGGUAGGAACGUGCUAUCAAAGAGCUGGGACGAGGCGAAAAAGCAGAUCUACGGCGACAGCUGUCUGGACAGCGUGCUGAGCUCGGUGCGCCGCAAUGUGGUGGUCAUCGGCGGUGUGGCACUGCUCGCCUCCAUCGGCCUGCUGCUUGUGGUGGCCACGACGCGAGACUUCAUGAAAGGGAUACGGGCCACCUCGCAACCACCGCCCUCGGACGAGCCCCGCAAGGUCUCCAGUUACGUGGACCCCACGGAGGCGUCGUCGUCGUCGUACGCACAGGCCAGCCAGCAUCAGCCUUCGCUUGUGGCCCCGCCGCCCUACAGCUGCCCCGCUUACUACUACCAGCCGCAGUAAAGAGAGAGACGCCUCCUGCGUGUGCGUUUCGUCUGCGCAAGCGUAGAGCAGCCACACGAAGGCGGAGGAAGUUAUGCGCGUAUAUUAAGCUACGGCUGUUCCUUCGUUUGUUUUCUUGGUGUCUGUAUACACGGACGCGCAUAUUUCGCUUAAGGUGUUCGAAAAAAAAAUUUUGCACUUA